AAUAGAAGAAAACACGAAAGUAAUUUUCACAUAGCCCCGAAAGAAAAUCUCUGCUUCACAUAAAGCUGAUUCCAAUGCAGCAUCAUUUUAUUGGCAUCUGGUUCUGCUAACUGUUCAUCAGUUCUCAUUCUCUGUACAUCUAAAGUCUUCUAAUGGAUGCAGCUUCACUAGCAGCUGUAAGGAUUUCAACUACUCGGUUCUCUGCAUUCCCUAUUGCCAGAAGAAUGGAAGACACAGUAAAUUUGAUCCAACCAGCAUGGCCUUCCACCAAAGUGGAAAAGCUUGCUCUAUAUGCUUCACGCAGAUCUCUCGGCAUUAGCUUCCCAAACCAACAAGGAGGUUCAUUAAAUCCUAGGCACAGUAGUCUCCUUACUCGUUGCUCGACAAAACCAGGCAUUGAUAGCAACAAUGCUACAAGUAGAAAUCCUGCAAUUGAAUUAGAUUCCAAUACAAUGGCCCAACAUCUAGCAACUCCAACUUCAAAUCUGGCACAUCCACCAUCACAGUUUAAAGGUUUGGUAUUUGACUUAGGUCCCAGAAUCUCUUGGGAUGGCACAGAGAUUGGAUCUCCAGUUGUGAAACGAUACAUUGGCGACAACGAAGAAAGGUGGUUCAUGUGGUAUCAUGGAAGGUCAGAUGCUGAAAAUUCAGACCGCAUUGGACUAGCAGUUUCAAGCAACGGAAUCCAUUGGGCACGUGGAUCAGAACAUGUGAGGUCCUGUGCAGAUGCUGGUAUGGUGAUGGAUUGCAGCAAGAAUUGGUGGGCAUUUGAUACAGAAAGCGUUAGGCCUUCAGAGAUGGUGAUCAUGUCCAGCCCGAUGUACAGUUCAGUUUAUUGGCUUUACUACUCAGGAUUUAGUUCUGAAGAAGUGGAGAUUCCAGGUUUUUCAAACAUGUGUGCGGAGAACCCAGAAAGAGUUCACCAUGAACAUAGAAAACACAGAAAUCAUCAAGUUGGCAAAAUUUUCAAGUCUCUUCCAGGUUUAGCUUGCAGCCAAGAUGGUAGGCAUUGGGCUAGGAUUGAAGGGGAUCAUCAUAGUGGGGCUUUGCUUGAUGUAGGGUCACCUAAGGAAUGGGAUUCUUUAUUUAUUGCUGCACCACAAGUUGUUGUUCAUGGAAGCAAUGAUAUAAGGAUGUAUUACUACUCUUUUGAUGUAGAAAAGGGAUGCUUUGCUCUUGGUCUAGCAAGAUCCAGAGAUGGGAUUAGAUGGGUAAAAUUGGGGAAGAUCAUGGGAAAAGGAAAAAAAGGUUGUUUCGAUGAACUUGGGGUCAAGAAUGCAUGUGUUAUAAGAAGUCAGAAAGAUGGCAAAUACUUAAUGGCAUAUGAAGGUGUAGCUGCUGAUGGUACAGGGAGUAUUGGAUUGGCAGUAUCUCAAGAUGGGCUGAAGAACUGGGAGAGAGUUCAAGAAAAUCCAAUACUUGAAACUGCAAAAGGGGAUGGAUGGGACAAUAAGGGAGUAAAAUCUCCAUGCCUGAUUCAGAUGGAAGAUAAAAUAGAUCAAUGGCGGUUGUAUUAUGUUGGUGUUGGUGAACAAGGAAGAACAGGAAUUGGAAUGGCAAUCUCAGAGGGCAGCAACGUCCAGACUUUCAGAAGAUGCUCAGGACUUCAUUUGUAAGAUGGUUGUAUAGUAUAAUAAAUGUAAACAUAGUGCAAUAUCCGUUUCUCCCUUAUGAAAAAUACAAUAUUUUGCACA